AUGGGAGGUCUGCCUUCAUCCAGAAGAUUGAAAUUCAAUGCUUUGAUACAUUCUUUAUCGAUUAUUUCAACUUUGAUCUCGUUCAUCAUGUUAUCCAUGGUAGCAUUCUACAACGCACCUUUGGAUCACGUACAUUCAACUUUGGAAAGUACAGUAGGAGCUAGAAUGUGGUUAAUAACAGUAAAUGAAACCUCAAACACGCUGAUAUACGAUAAAAGCCAUUCCGAUUACCCCAAUAAGCGAUUCACCCAUUACAACCCUGCCGAUUUUGAAUCAAGCGAGAACGAUAAUGUUAAUCCAAUGAGGGAAGGUCUGGGAUUGGGUAGAAGAGAUGAUUCAGGUAUUCACGCUUACGGAUUCGGGAUAUGGGGAUGGUGUGAAUGGUCAAAUAAUGACUGGAUGGGUAAUGCUAAAUGCACCAAAAAAGCCUUUUGGACUUUGCCUAAAUGUGCUAUGCCGACCUGGGACAACAUCGAUCAAGUCAUGGGUAAUUUUCCAGACGCGGUCACUAAAGCUUUAUCAAGUACAAGUUUUCUAGUGGUUUUCGCUCCAUUUUUAGUCUUAUCUUUCCUAAUUCUGCUUUGUUUUGCCCUUCGGUUCCCAGGUCCGUAUCCACCUUAUCCCAUGCCUCCUAAAUCCGAAAGGAAAUGGUCCAAAGAUACUCCCAUCAAUACGCAGACAAAGAUCGCAUGGAUCUUGAGAGACUGGAAGACCCACGUCAUAUUUUUCAUCCUAAUGUCAAUCUUACUGAUACCCACCAUCGUUACUGUACUGAUUGCAAAAAGUAAAUUGAAUAACACUGAUAAAGUGGCUAUUGGAGGUGCGUUGAUUUCGAAUGUAGGAACAGGAUUUGAUUUAAUUUUUGCAUCUUGGGUAUGCUUGUUGAUUGCUCAAGGCUUCUGCAUGCUUCGUAAUGGAUUGAUACCUAAAGGGAAGAAAGUCAGUAAAUUAUCGACAGGGUAA